CCCGCCCCGCCCGUCACGCGCCGCGCGGGUUCCGGGUGCGGGCGGUGCGCGGCGCGCGCAGACGUCCCGUCCGGCGGGGCCGGACCCCCGCGUCCCCAUGCGGAGAGGAGCCGGCGCUGAGCCAUGAGCAACGCCACGGCCCCCACGGCCCCGGGCAUGGCGAGCGACUCGCUGGUGGGCUACGUCCUGGGACCCUUCCUCCUCGUCACCCUCCUGGGCGCCCUCCUGGCCGCGGCGAUGUACGUCCAGAAGAAGCGGAGGUUUGACCGCCUGCGCCACCGGCUGCUGCCCAUGUACAGCUACGACCCGGCCGAGGAGCUGCACGAGUCCGAGCAGGAGCUGCUGGUGGAGGCCGAGGACGCCCGGGUGGUGCCGGGCUGGGGGGGGCCCUCGCCCCAUCGGCCCCCGCGGGGGGACUGGAAGUCCUGAUGCUGCCCGGAGAGCUGGGGCCGAUUCCUGCCCGCAGGAGGCAAGAGAGGACGGUGUCAGCACCGGUGCUGCUGCCUUCGCCGUCCGCCGGGAAGGGCAGGAUGUGCCCGCGGUAGCGUGGCGGUGCCGGCGGCCGCUGCCUGGGAGUGAUCCCACCCCACGAGCACUGACGAUAACGGGUUAUCUGCCACCUCGGUGCCCGAUUUUGCCACUUUUUUGCUUGAACUGCCCCACAAGCCCCUUAGAACGCGCCGAGCAGGACGGCUGGGGCUGGCACCCUGGCGGGGGAGCAGCCGGGCUCCGGGGCUUUGCCGGCUGCGCGGGGCAGGAUGCCCGCAGAGGAGCAGCGCCGCGCGCGCUGCAGCAAAUAAACGCGUUUGCAUUCGGCCAAGAGCCUCCCGUGUCGGGCGGGGAGGGUUUCAGCAGCAUGAACACUGCCGGACCGUGGAGCAGCCCGACGUCGCGGCGGUUGGCAUCACGCGUCCCUGCCUCGGCAGCACCGUGACUCGGAUUGGUAAUAAAAAGGCACCGAGCAUGGGAGUUUGGGGGGCAGCGGGGUUUUGCCUGUUUCUGUUUCCAUCGGCAGUUCCUGUCCGUCCCCGCAGAGGAUGGCUGGAUGGCCCCAGCAUGGACGUCCCUGUGGAGAAGGUACCGAGCGGAGCGGCCGCUCCGUGCCCACGGGCUCUCCCUGCACGGAGAAAUCCUGCUCCCCCCCCGCCAGGGGCUGGACCCCAGC